CGGAAGUACUCUUUGUUUUAUUGUAGGAAGUUUUCCGAUAGAAGAACGACACUGAUUUAACCGAAGGUGCUGAGAAGUCGGAGAACAGAUCGAGAUGAACUCUCCAGACAAAAGUCGAAGCCCCAGUCCUGCACAGAAAGACCACAGUGGACCCUCAGAGGAAGAAUCCAGUCCAGUGGCAGAGAGGCCCCAAGAGAUUGACAAGGUUGCACAAAGCCCCAAAGAGAGGACAUCUCCACCGUCCAGUCCAGCAGACCGGCCCUCCUCCAGGAGCCCUGCUUCAGGGAGCCCCGCCUCCAGCAGUUCAGACGACAGCAGCAGCAGUGAUGAUGAAGAUAGUGGGGCUAUGAGGAAAAUUAGGAGCAGUGUGGCUCAAAUCAAAAGAUCAAGAUCAAAGUCCCCAGAGAAAGACCGAUCCAUGUCUAAAGAGCAAGAAAGAUCCAGGUCCAGAUCCAGGUCCAGACAAGGAGACAGGUCCAGGUCCAGGUCCAGACAGAGAGACAGAUCUAGAUCAAGGUCCAGACAGCGAGACAGAUCCACAUCCAGGUCCAGACAGAGAGACAGAUCUAGAUCCAGGGGACGAGACAGAUCAGCAUCAAGAGAAAGAGACAGAUCCAGGUCUAGAGGACGUGACAGGUCUGGAUCAAGAGGGCGGGACAGAUCUCGGUCCAGGGAGAGAGACAGGGACCGCUACAACAGAGGACGUUAUAACAGGGAUCGCUAUGAUGACCGCAGAGAUGACAGAGGUGGACGCUCUGACAGGCGAAGAGAUCUGGAUGGCGACACAGAUCGCAGGAGGCACGGCCGCUGGACCACCCCUCCACCCGAGAAAGAGCCAGACGCAGCUGAAGAGCCCCCUCUGAAGAAGAAGAAAGAGGAGCUCGAUCCAAUUCUGACGAGGACGGGAGGAGCUUAUAUCCCACCUGCCAAGCUGCGAAUGAUGCAGCAGCAAAUCACAGACAAGAGCAGCCUGGCCUAUCAGAGGAUGAGCUGGGAGGCUCUAAAGAAGUCCAUCAAUGGUCUCAUCAACAAAGUCAACGUGUCAAACAUGGUCCACAUCAUUCAGGAGCUUUUGCAGGAGAACAUCGUCAGAGGGAGGGGUCUGCUGGCUCGCUCAGUGCUGCAGGCUCAGGCAGCGUCUCCGAUCUUCACUCAUGUUUACGCCGCUGUUGUCGCCAUCAUUAACUCCAAGUUCCCUCAGAUUGGAGAGCUGAUUCUCAAACGCCUCAUCUUGAACUUCAGGAAAAGCUACCGCCGCAACCUCAAGCAACAGUGCCUGACAGCCUCAAAGUUUGUGGCUCAUCUCAUCAACCAGAACGUGGCCCAUGAGGUUUUAUGUCUGGAGAUGCUCACUCUGCUGCUGGAGCGUCCAACAGAUGACAGCGUGGAGGUCGCCAUCGCCUUCCUUAAGGAGUGCGGCCUCAAACUGACCGAGGUGUCCCCAAGAGGAAUCAAUGCCAUAUUUGAACGACUCAGAAAUGUCCUUCAUGAGUCCAGCAUUGAUAAGAGGGUCCAGUACAUGAUCGAGGUGAUGUUUGCCAUCAGAAAGGACGGUUUCAAAGACCACCCAGUGAUCCCAGACGGCCUGGACCUAGUGGAUGAGGAGGACCAGUUCACCCACAUGCUGCCGCUGGAUGACGAAUAUAACCCAGAGGACAUUCUGAAUGUGUUCAAGCUGGACCCAGAUUUUCUGGAGAAUGAGGAAAAAUACAAAACCAUUAAAAAGGAAAUCCUGGACGAGGGCAGCAGUGAUUCAGGGGAGGAUGGAGAUGGAAGUGAUGAUGAUGAAGAUGACGAAGAUGAGGCAGAGGAAGCAGAGGGAGAUGAUGAAAAGGUCACCAUCUUCGAUCAGACUGAAGUCAACCUUGUGGCUUUCAGAAGAACUAUCUACCUCGCUAUCCAGUCCAGUUUGGACUUUGAGGAGUGCGCUCACAAACUGAUUAAGAUGGACUUUCCUGAGAGCCAGACGAAGGAGCUGUGUAACAUGAUCCUGGACUGCUGCGCUCAACAGAGGACCUACGAGAAGUUCUUUGGACUGCUGGCCGGGAGAUUCUGCUUACUGAAGAAGGAGUACAUGGAGAGUUUUGAGGGGAUUUUUUCAGAGCAGUACGACACAAUCCACCGACUAGAGACCAACAAACUGAGAAAUGUGGCUCGACUGUUCGCUCACCUUCUCUACACUGACUCUGUGCCUUGGAGCGUGUUGGAGUGUAUCAGGAUGAGUGAGGAGACGACAACGUCAUCCAGCAGAAUCUUUGUAAAGAUUCUUUUCCAGGAGCUCUGUGCUUACAUGGGACUCCCCAGACUCAACCAAAGGCUCAAAGACUCGACACUGCAGCCGUUCUUUGAAGGUCUGUUUCCCCGAGAUAACCCAAGAAACACUCGCUUCGCCAUCAACUUCUUUACCUCUAUUGGGCUGGGAGGUCUCACGGAUGAGUUGCGGGAACACUUGAAGAAUGCCCCCAAGAUGAUCAUGACCCAGAACCAAGAGGUAGAAUCCUCUGACUCCUCUUCAUCCUCAUCCUCCUCAUCUUCAUCAGACUCCUCCUCCUCAGACUCGUCAAGUGAAUCAGAUUCAGACUCCUCAGACUCUUCCUCCAGCAGCAGCAGCUCAGACUCAGACUCCAAACACAGGAAAAAGAGGAAGAGGAAAGGACAAAGUGAGGAGAAGAAGAACAACAAACAGAAAGAAAAGGUCAAGAAGAAGAAGGAGAAACCAUCCGACAAGAAGCGAUCAGGACGAAAGAGCGACAGCGACGAACACAGCGAAGAUGAGAGGCAAAAGAGGAAGGACAGGAAAGGCCGUGAACGGGAGGUAGAGGAGAGGGAGCGUGCACGUGAUAAAGAGGAGCGAGUGCGUGCACGUGAUAAAGAGGAGCGAGAGCGUGCACGUGACAGUGCCCGACGAAACAGACGAGACGAAAGGGAGGAAGAAGAGGCGCAGCUGGAUGAGGACAGGAGGCGAAAAAUAGAUGCUCAAAGCCGACAAAGAGAUGGGGAGAGGGAAAGAGACAGAGGAAGGGACAGAGAGAGGGAGAGGGUGAGGGAAAAUGAGGAUAAGCGGGAAAGUGAAAGGGAACGAGAGAGGCAGAGGGAUAGAGAGAGGAAUAAAGAGAACAGAGACAGGAACAGAGAGGAGAGGAGGAGGAGAUAAAGCUCUCCAUCCCUCCGUCCUGAAGCAGCAUUGAUGGACUUUUGAUUGACAGAUGUCUAAGCCUUCAUCUUUCUUGCCGUCAUCCCUCUCUUCUUCACUUCAUCCUGUCUCACUCUGGUGAUUAGGAUUUGGGCCCCGUCUUUCUCUGUGUCUCUCCUCUGCCUGUCUGUAUUUUGUAUUAAUAAUUUUUGUUGUAAUGAAAUGUGAAAAAAAAAACAUUAAAGUUGCUUUAGAUGUUUUUUAA